AUGCUCCAAAUGGAUGCCUCCAACUAUCCAGAUGACUGGAUCCGUGUACUCAAGACGAAGUUUUACGCAAUCACGGUCCUGAUAGUCCACUUCAUCAUACCUAUCACCAUCGGAAUCGGUAGCUACCUUCUCAUUUACUUGACGGUGGUGCGGCACACAAAAGAGGUCAAUGAGGUGCUACAUGGCAAAGAUGCUAGUGCUCGUUCUGGUCAUAAAAAGCAAAGGAAACCUAUGAUUGCUAUCCCAACAGACUCUGCUGCAUGUGGUAACGAUAAAGACUGUCCGAAUGGGGGCAAGGCGCUGUCCGACCGAGUUCGCAGCUUCGAGCGCCGGAUCGCUCUGAUGACGGCCGCCAUGCUGCUCUCGUUCGUCAUCAGCUGGGGCCCAUAUGCCGGAGUCGUGGUGCUCGGCUUUCUUGGCAAACUCAACGCCAAGACUGUUCUGUUGCCCUAUUUUAUCAGCACUUGUGCCCUGUUCGCCAAGACGUCAGGCCUCACAAAUCCCAUUGUCUUUGUCCUCUUUCAUCCCAAGUUCACGAUGAACAACUUAUUCAAAUGCUUCGGUAGCCGUCAAGAUGACGGCUAG